AUGGACGUGAGCAUCAUUCCCCAGCCUAACCCCCCACUUCGUUCUCCCAAGCGCAGUACCUUUGUUCCUCUGCGAGACUCCAUUAUCGAAGAGGAUAAGCCAAUUGAUUUCUCUCCCGACAAGAGACAAAGCAAUAGGUUAUCGUAUGCUCGCAGCUCUCCCGUUCGCCGUCGCUCUGGUAAAGGCUCUCGUCGGGAGCCUUUGAAGUCUAUUCAGCCUCGAGUUGCAAAACGUGAAUCCAUGCAAUCAUCGAGGUCCAAGAGAUAUUCCAAGCGGUCAAGUGGAAUCUCCUCCGUUGCUUCUGGACUGCCGGUUCGACUCAGCGGUGCCGGACAUGGUGCCGGUGGGUUUGGACCUCUGGGACACGGAAUGCAGCCUUACCAACAUGACUCCAUUUUUUCCUCGACCACCCUUGCUCCUAUGAGACACAGCAUGACACCUAGCAUCCCAGAACACUAUAAGCGAAUGACUAUGAGGGCCGUCGAGCCUGAUGAGUCUACCAUCUCCGAAGCAGACUCACUCGAGGCCUUUGUCCACAGCCGAGCCAAGCACCGCAACUCCUCCAACCCUCUCUUCUCUGCCCAGAUCAGUCGUCGUACAUCUUCUGGUAUGCGCGCGCUCGAGCGAGCUCGCAGUAUUCGCAGUCGCGCCGACACAGUGUCGGUUUCAACCUUCAGUGACGAAUUCAGACAGUCGAUCCAAGGACGCCCCUACUCCACGGCACUAUCUGUUUCUGAGUAUGGCGAUGAAAACGCCCGAUUCUCCCAAUAUCAGACUCUCCAAGCACCGUCUCAUCUUUUCCCUCUUGCUGAAGGCCAUGGCCAGAGCCAAAGCCAGCUGAGUCUGGCCCAAGACUACCGCGGAGUGAUCUCCCCACUUCCACGAUUCUGGAGUGAAACCAGCUUAAGCAGUACCCAGCGCCGGGAAUCCGGUUCCUACCCCAUGCCUCCAACCCGAGUCAAAGAAAGCUCGACUGUACCGCAAAGUUCGUCCAUGGUGUCAGAUCUUGACGUACACCUAUCCCGAAAGGCUUCCCCUCAAAAAGCCACCGACUACUCCGCCCAAGAGUGGCAAACAAUAAACGAGCCCCUCGAACCGCCACCUCCCCUAAAGAGCGCUAGUUCCCGAGGACUCCCUGUAGCCAGCAGCGGCGAGUUAGCGUUUGUUUGA